GCAGCCGCGGUCGAUGCCGGUGAGGAGGGGGAUGGGCGCCACUGCAAAUGUUCAGGACCUGAGCUAGAAUCACAGCCUUGUAACACACAGAGCUGUACCUACCCCAAAUAAAUAUCGACUAUCAUUAUUAUUAAACAACAUUAUAAAUGGAUGCAACCAGCCGGGAUUCAAAAUAACACUUGAAGGAAGUGCUAUGACCCAAUCAGAAAAGGGUAUGAAACUUUCACUCAGUGCGUGAGGGACAGUGAGAAGUUUGGAAGGGACCCCGGGAGAGGGAGCUGCCUCUCGGCUUAAGGCUCGCAGGAAAAGCCGAGGUCAUAAGAAGAGGCCUCGCAGUCUGAUGCGUUUUGAUGUUGGAAUAUUUAUAUACAGCCAGUUACCUCAAUAGGAUAUUUAAUCCGAACUGAGCUGGAAUGAAGGACUGGGUCUCCUGAUGUGUGUCAGGUGCUGUGAGUGGCAUUGCAGCACGCCACCUCAGGAGUGGACUGUCUCUGCCAUCCGGAUUUCGUGAUUCCCUCUUCCCUCCCCCCUCCUCUCCUUUCCCCCUGUCCCUCCAUCCCUAUUCCCCCCCCCUUCCCCCUUUCCCCCCUCCCUUGCGGCGCUGUGCUUGAAGUCAUGAGCAUAGCAAUCGCACUGGGAGUCACCACACCUGAGACACCUUACACAGACAUGGCCGCCGGAUCAGAUCCUGAGUCAGUGGAAGCGAGUCCUGCAGUGAAUGAGAAGACCUACUCAAACCACAGCUGUGGGAGUGCACAGAAUCAUGGAUACCGGGGCCUGCCCUAUGCUAUGCAACAGUCUUCCAUUGUGUGUUGUCAGGAUCAUAACUAUGGAGCGCCACCCCCUCCUACCCCUCCUGCCUCCCCACUCUCCCAGACCAUCAUUCCCCGCCUGGAGCUCAAUGGCGCUCUUGGCCGUCCCCGAUCCCGUUUCCACACCAACGACCCUGACAACUCGGCCGACAGCGACAGCUCGUCGGAGGAAGAGGGUGCCGUGCCAUCAGGCUGGUGCCAGUGCCGCCUGACGUCAGAUCGCUACCUCAUAAAAUGCGAGAGCUGCAGGGGUCUGGACAGGAGGAAAGGACUGGAUGGCCAGCGCCGGAAAACAGACAAUGUGUCAGUAGGAGAAAGCAGUGCUACAGAGAGUGGAGAUGAGGAGGUCUCAGCUGCUACAGUGUCAUACACAGCCACUCAGCACACACCCACCAGCAUCACCCUCACUGUUAACAGAGUCAAACGCAGCAAAGCCAAGAAGAGGAAGAAGAGCACGGAGAAAACACGAGCCGCCCCUAAAGCCAAGAAAGUCAAGGCCUUUAGAGAAGGCUCUAGAAAAUCCUUAAGGAUGAAGAACUCCACCAGUGAAGCGAGCGUGUUGGAUGAGAACACGGCUGAAGGCUGGGAGACGCGUAUUCGUCAGUGGACAGAUCAGUAUGAAGAGGCUCAGACCAAUCAGUACAGUGCUGAUGUUCAAACACUUCUCCAGCUCCAUCACUCUGCCACCAAGAGCUCUCCAAACCCAGCAACCCUCGCUAUGGACACCAUCAACCGCACAGAGCUGGCCUGCAACAACACUGUGUUGAGCUCUCAGAUGCAGUUACAGCUGGGUCGUGUAACACGAGUGCAGAAACACAGGAAAAUCCUGCGAGCAGCACGGGACCUGGAGCCUGACACACUCAUCAUUGAGUACAGAGGCAAAGUCAUGCUCAAACAACAGUUUGAGGUCAAUGGGCACUUCUUUAAAAAGCCCUACCCUUUUGUCCUGUUCUACUCUAAGUUUAAUGAGGUAGAAAUGUGUGUAGACGCACGGACAUUUGGCAAUGAUGCUCGCUUCAUCCGGAGAUCCUGUACACCCAAUGCUGAGGUGCGUCAUAUGAUUGCAGAGGGGAUGAUUCACCUGUGUAUUUACGCAGUUACUCAAAUCUCCAAAGAUUCCGAGGUCACAAUUGGCUUUGAUUACGAAUUUAACAGCUGUAACUACAAGGUGGACUGCGCAUGCCAUAAAGGCAAUCAGAACUGUCCUGUGCAGAAGCAUAAUCAAAACCCAUCUGAGGCGCUUCUACCCCCACCGCAGAACCCACUUCCUUCUCUGCCCGGGGCUGAGACUCGCAGAAGGCGGGCACGGCGAAAAGAGUUAGAGGGAAGUGGGGUAGUUGGGAGCGUGUCUGAUGAUAGCAAUCAGCUCCUGGACGAACACGGGGACCAUGGAACCAGUGAAGCAGAGGAGGGUCUGAUAGACGGUGUGAAGCAAGAGGAGGGCCAAGAUGAGUCUCGAGAAGACCGGAAAUCAGAGGCCAACAUGCAUGUGUUUGAGAAUUUGGAAAGGCGGAGGAAGCGUGUUUCUCAGUGUACAGAACGUACCGGGCUUGAUGACCUCAAACAGGAAGGUCUGGGGCCUGAGGAAGGUGGAGCCUCCUCUCCCACUAACCCAGGUCAAAAUGCAGGGUUGAUUGGAGGAGUUAGCACACGUCGCACAUCUUUUGCAACAGACCCAGUUGCAACGGCUGAGUCAGAAAAGCAAACUUCUGCAAAUCUUGCUGCUCCGAAACCUCCCCCAGCACGUCCCAAACCACGGCCCAAAAGUCGCAUUUCUCGCAAUCGGGCGAGCUCUGCCCAGCGGGCACGCCGCCAGAGGCAGGCUCUUCUAGCACAACAGGCAGCAGAGGCCGGAUCAGCAGGUGGGGAAGAGGGAGGCACCGCAGCUGGUACAGGUGAGCUGGGGCCUGGGGACGGAGCUCUGGGAAUUGGACAGCUUCAGGAUGGAGAAAGCUAUGGAGUCUCAUCCACAGCACUAAGCAGUAAGGCAGGCCUGAGAUGUCCCAAAACAAAAAAGUAUCUGGUGACGGAAUGGCUAAAUGACAAAGCCCCAGAUCGUGUUGAGGAGCCGACAGAGCGGCCCCUGCGCAUUACCACAGACCCCACUGUGCUGGCUACUACACUCAACAUGCUGCCAGGCCUCUCACACUCAUCCCUCAUUUGUACCAACCCCAAACACUACAUUCGCUUCGGCUCCCCAUUCAACCCAGAGAGACGUCGCCGACCUCUUGUCGUUGAUCCCGCUUACGGCUCCUGCAAGAAAAGGUGGAUAAAGCAGGCACAGGAUGAGAGCAUGUCGUCCCUUUCCAUGGAGGAUGGAACAGAGUCCAACUCUUCACACCAAAGCAACAGCAGCAGCACCACCUCCAGAUCUGAGUUACUGGCACCUUUUAAAAAGAGGAAGUCGAAGUAUGCACCAGAAAUGGUGCAACCCUCUGAUCAUUUGCUUCGACCUUUAUCCCCCAUCACACCUCCACUGCCAUCUGAGCCCCCUGUGAGCUUGCUGCACCCUCUCCUCACUUCCUGCUCGCUGUAUUUAGGAGCUGAGGAAGAGAGACAGAAUGGUGGUGUGCCACCAUACUCCCCACUCCCAUCUCUUCCUGCCAGCCGGUGCAAUACACCUCUACAGUUUGAGAAUAUCUCAUCUCCUGAGGCAUCUCCUGUACACAGACCAGAGUCUCUUUCUCCAGAGCCCUGUUUGCGACCAGACUUUGAUACACCACGGAUCACCACCUUUCCUGAACUUUCCGUGACAUCAGCUCUUGGCAGUCCAGCUCCCCCAUCUGACGACUUUCCCCUGACUGGAGCAGAAUCUCUGUCUGGCUCUGGAGAUGGUGUGUGUCUCACACCAGCCCCUGUAUCUAAUGCCAGUGACUCCUCAUUGGGCUCACGCCCAAAUGAGGCACAGGUUCGAGAGCAGGUCUUUAGGACAGAGUUCAACCUCAUCUACACCUGCUCUCCUCUCAAUGCCAACCUGACCACUGGUCCUGUGACUGACAGAAGGCAUUCCCAGUCAGAAGGCAGCUUUUCUCCUGCUGAAUCCUACUUCAGUUCUGUGAGUGGCCAGGGCUUAAUGACCGAGCCGGGGUCUGGUUCCUUUUCACCCUACCCUGAGCCUCAGUUUGGGAGUGGUACACCACCUCAUACCAGCAACCCACCACAGAAGAAGAAGAGGGCCAUGGGAAGUGGCGUUAGUCAGCUGCCAGGCUUGCCUAGUUACCAGGCACUAACUGUAAGGCGUGAAUUCAAGCCAGGGCAGAAUAUGGUAUCUUUGCUGGAAUAUCGAAAAAGAAAACAGGGUACACGGGAACCUGAGCCCGUGUGCUCUGCUGGCGGCACCAUUGGUACCCCUGUGCGCACUGGCUUGCUGUGCCAAACUGCUGAAUCCCCCGUUGGGCCGCGCUCACUGCUGCAGCCACCCGCCUCCCCACACAGCUCCUUUUCUUCUCCAGCCCAUCAGCCAUUCCCACAAAUAGAGGAGGUCAGUCCUCCUGAUCUCAGCACCACCAUAGGGAAUCAUUCACAGACACCGAGCCAUUGGAUGGUGCCAACAUCAGUGGAGAGAUUAAGGGAAGGGCAAGGAGUUCUAGAGCGUGUUCUGAGGGGCAAUAUAAAGAUGGACCGGAUCCUUCAAAAGCCCGAAGGUGGACCUAAUGAGCACGGUAGUAACCGAGAUAAAGAUAUAGAUGGAAUGGAAGAGGAUAGAUAUGCUCUCCAGAGCUCAACUUUGGCUUCCCCAAUGAGAAGUCCUCAAAGUUACAGCCCAUCUGUACACCAACACCAGGUGCAGCCCCAUUUGGCAGAGUCUGAUCUACAUCUGGAAAACUCCACCUAUCACCAGCAAAGUGGCUCUUCUCCUUUUCACCCCUCCUUCAGUUCCUCUCCUUCACCAUCCUCUUCAUCAGUAGUUCAGGGCUACCAUCCUUCCCGACUGGGGACACCUGCUUCUCUAGCCCAAGAUGUGCUCUCCUCCGGACCCCCUUCAGUGGACUCCAGGCAUACAGGGGGCACUUUACACCAUCCUAGUAGAACAGGAGGGAUGGAACUGUCGCAUCUCUACCCAGACAGCCAUCUUAAAGCCAGCCUGUUAAACAACAGUCUUUCAGGGUCUAUGAGUGUGUCCUCCAGAGGCCAGGGCCACUCGGACAGCUGCACUGCCAUUAGCAGCCAGGCCUCUCACGCGUUCAGAACAACCCAGUCACCCACAGUGCGAAACCUAAAAGCAGGCAGCCCCAGUCCCUCAGUGCUGCAGGCCAGCAGGCUUCUCUCAGCCAGUGGAGCACAGCACUACCCACAGCGGCAUUUACAGCAGCCCCCUAUGCAGGGUUCAGGUGUUCGGACACAUUCUGGGACCUACUAGAACUUUUUGUGUGUUUGUAUUUGAGAGCAUGUAUGAGUGUGUGUGUGUGUGUGUGUGUGUGUGUGUGUGUGUGUUACCCUCCUCAACUAAACCUGUGGAUAAGUACUGGGUUAGGGGAGGGUACUUGAUGUACAGACAUCAGAGGAGUAUGGACUCAGCCUCUUGUAAUGAUCGCCUCUUACUUUCUUUAUCUUUAUUGUUUUUCUUUUUUUCUUUCACCAAAAAUCCUGCAUUUCUGCAUUCUCUAAGUAGUCUGUCGUGGGUUUCAUUAUAAACCUGCAAGUCAUUGAAAGUAAUAUAACCAGUAAUGGGGGGGAGAGCAAGAGUUAAAUCAUAUGUAACUUCAAAUUUAACACUCGUGCUUAAUUUACAUUAGUAGGUAAAAAAUUGAAUCAUACACCUAUGCUGAAAUAGAUCAGUGCUGAUACUCUGCAGCCAGGUUGAAAUUGUUAGACCAGUUGGGACAUUUGGUGCUCUUUUAAUUCAUUUUGCUCACUUGUUAAAAUCAAGUCACUCUGCUAUAUCAUUCACUGACAGCUGAAUUUCUUCAAGCAAAAAGAGUUUCUUAUAUACCCAUGUGAACGAAUCUAGGUAAAAUUCAAUCACUUAGUCUCGCUUCUUCCUUAUCAUUCCAUUUAGUCUGUCAUCUGUCACUAGGUUUUUAGCUCCAUCCCUUGGCAUCCAUUUUUCUUUUGUAUAGACUCAUUCUGUAAUACUUGACAAACACAGAUCUUAUGGUGCUGCAGUUAGCUCAGUCUUUGUGUGAACUGACUUUAGGGUUGUCUGAAACCCAGUAACAUGUCCAUUAACAGUUUGUUCUAAUGUAUAGCUGUCAUAUGGGACUGGUUUUAUUUUCAUUUUUAAAACUGGGUUCUAGUAAAUGUUGCUUUGGUUACUAGAAAUGCACGGGACUAUUUUGAAAAAGAAAAGAAAAAAAGUAAGCUGCAGAAAUAUUGUUUUUACUCCGUUAUAGGAUUUAUUCCCCUCACAGUUGUUGAAUCCUGCAGGAUUUUUUUUAUUUUCAUAUUGUUGAGAAUUUAUUUUUCUCUCCCUUUGACCAAUCCUUGCAUUCCAUACACCACUCAAGGAAGGAGAAAGGGAGGUGUGGCUGGAUGGUUUGAUUAGGGCAAAAAAGACAAAUAAUGAAAAGUGGAAAAGAUAGCUGCUGGGGUCUCAUAAGUAUUUUACAUGCAAAGUGCUGCUUUCAGAUGUCUUUUUUUUUUUUUUUUAUACAGAAUGCUGUACUUCUUUUGUCUGUCUGAUAUUCACAAUUGGUGAGGUCACCCAGUUGUGCCAUGAUGACAGAUUGGAACUGAAUUUCAAAACAAAUGCAAUGGAUGCCACUGUUGUAUCUUGGGAACUGUAGUUUUUGUCUUGGAUGUCUGUUGGGUGGACUCAAGAUGGACUAAAUCUACAGUGACCGAGAAAUCAACUGAAACAACUUUUUGUUGGUUUGUUUUUUUCCCCCCUCCUCCCUCAGUUAAAGGACCUUGCAGGAGAUGGGGUAAUGAACAGGUUCAUUUGAUCAGCCUUUGAGAUACAUUUUGACCUUUGGCAUUUUCUGCCAGAGUUCUUUCUCCCCAUUUAGGAAAAGACUCAAGGGUACUCACUGAUUAACAUGAAUGUUUUGUCUUUUCACAGAAGACUUCAAAAGAAAAAAAGAUUUUAUGACCAGAAAUGACCAGCACCUUAAUUACAAAGGAAAAAAAGUUAACAAGCAAGAAAACAUUUAUGUAUGAUCAUGUGUACUUGCAUAAAUUGUGUUAUAUACUGUUCCAAGAAAAUAUAGUACACUAAAUUUGC